CAUUAUUUCAUCAUUUUUGGUCUCUAUAGUUUUGAAAAUUUCAAGACUCUCACAAUCUAAUAAAUCGUGAUGUGGGUUGUCUGAAUAAAAAGAUUUUUUUUUAAAAAAUUUGGAUCUAAUUGUAAAGGGUUGAGUGAGGAAACUUUGACCCUUGAUUCUUGAUUGAAGUGGGAAUUAUUCAUUUGUAUGUGUGGUGGUUGAUGAGAGUUUGUACAGUUGAUUUGAUAAUUUGUACGAGACUAUUCAAUGGCUGUUGAGGAGUUGGUUGAGAUCAAAUUCAGGCUAGCUGAUGGCAGUGAUAUUGGACCAAAUAAGUAUGCAUCUAGCACCACAGUUGGAUCUCUCAAAGAAAAGUUAAUUGCACAGUGGCCCAAAGAUAAAGAUAGUGGUCCAAGGACAACAAAUGACGUGAAGCUUAUUAAUGCUGGAAGGAUUCUUGAAAAUAGUAGAACUCUCGGUGAAUCCAGACUUCCCGUCGCUGAAGUUCCAGGAGGUGUCAUCACUAUGCAUGUUGUUGUACGCCCCCCUAUUCAUGACAAAAACAAUGAUAAGCUGAAGGAGGAUUCCCCUACAAAAGGAGGGUGUGCAUGUACAAUCUUGUAAUUCAUCUUACCCAGUAAUGGAAUUGUUCCACUUUGGUUAUAUUUUAUGGCUCUAUAUAUUUUUCAGUAGGAGAGUCUUUUGGAUGCAUUAACAAGUAUCCUAAAAGUAAAAGUAAGUGAAAAAGAAAAAUAUAUAAAAGAUUUAGAAUGGAGGGAUACCAUGUAGUUUGUUGAUACACCUGAAGAGGGCUGAAAGGAGUUGAUGCACUACUUUUAGGAAAACCUUUGUGCAAAGAACGUAAUUGUUCGUUUUUAAAGAUAUCUUAAGCAGUGGUAGUGGUGGUGGACAGGUGGAGUACCAAAGAAGAGGGACUCGGAAAAAAAGAAAAGAAGAAACAUAAGCAAUAGAAAAUCUAUAGUUUUGUAAUUUGUUUGGUUUCAUUUAGUUUGGGAUUUUAUGGUGUUAUCAUAAAGUUCAGCAUCAGAACGGUUCACAGACCAAAUGUACUCGGAAAUCUAGCUGCACUUUGCCUUGGUGAUGCUCCAAUGCACUUGGCUUGGCAUCAAUAUAAAUUGUUUCAGUUAUCUCCUAUGUUGGAAAUGAUUUUCCUUCUCAUACUAGUAUUGUUUUACUUUU